CAAUGCCGUUGUUUACCAACACCAGGAAGAAGGAGAAUGAGGUGCGGGACCUCUGACGUCAUCACCUUGCCAGGAACCGGUCACCACGCUCAUUCCCCACCACGCUCUUCUCCCAGCUGACAGCAGUGGCAUCCCGGCGCAGGGCGUCCUGAUGCAGCGCGCAGGUCAUGAUGGAAGGACGGUGCGCUGCUGAGCCCUGGGCUGAGUUGGGUUUGUCAGUGAAGCCCGGUGCCCCGCUGGUCAGGCGUGGCGCUGGGACGGAUGUUUUCAUCUGUACCGGCAGUGAGGAGGUCUACGUGUUCAGUGCGCAGGAGAAAAGAGUCAGGGCGGUUCUUCAGCUGCCUGCUCCUGUCAGGGAUCUGGAUGUCAGCCAUGACAAGCAGCUCCUGUUUGUGGCAUGCAGGAGUGGAAUUUACCGUGUCAACUUCCAGCUUCUGUCACACAGCGGAUCCAGUGAUGCAGGUUCCGGUCCCGCUGAGCUGAAGAUCUCCUCCGACUUCCUCGCUGUCGCCGCCGAUGGGGUGUCGUCUCUCCUCCUCGUCGACUCUGUGCUCCUGACCCUUUGCCAGACUGACAGGUCCUGGUUGUUGACUCUGUAUAAAACACCACAACAGUCCCAGGCUAACCGCUGCGACGUGAUUGGUUCCUUCUCGCUGCCAGUAGUCUCACCUUCUGUACAAGGCCACACAGAGUCAAAAUGUGUGCUGCUUUGUGUGUGUUUGGGUGAGGUGACACAGCCCUCCUCCCCUGCCGCAGCAUCAGAUGCAGGUUUGUCUCGUUGCCACCUCCCCCUCCGGCCUGCUCUCUUCAAGCUUUUGUUCGGGGUGGAAGCUGCGCUCGCCAAGUCACCGGUUAUACUCUGCGGCCUGCCAGACGGACGCCUGUGCUAUCUCCCUCUGCGCCUCCCAGGAUCCCGGCUUCGGGUCCUGCAGAGCCUCGAGCAGCCGGUGGUGUUUAUUGGAGCAUCUGCUGCCAUGGAAACUGAUGCAGGUUGCGCAGGGUGCUUGGUAGCUCUGGGCAAACAAGGCAGAGUGAUGCUGAUUAAGGCCGGCAGGGCCGGGUCAGAGAGACAGCGGGGCAUCGCUGAUUUUACCGAGGGCUGCGUCCCUGGCCCCGUGGAGUGUGCCUGUGUGGACAAAAGCCGUCUUUACUACAGCACCGGGUCAGACCUCCUCACACUGGGUCUGUCAGUGGGUUCCACUGGGAGAGAAGGACAAGAGUGGGCCGAGGAGGCGUCCGGGUCAACUGCCGCUUCCCUCAACAGACCCACCAGUUUAAAUGUGAGCGGAGUCGUUGCUUUGGACCAGCCCACGUGCAACGAUGCAGGUGAAGUUCAGCUGCUCAGUCUGUCGGCCAGAGGGCGGCUGCAGAGGAUCAGCCUCCCUGUUAGGGGACCGGAGGAAGGAUCGAACAAGCUCCCCUCCUCAGCUGUUGGCCGCAGUGUCGGGGACCUGCUGUCUGCCAUCGGGGACGUCUGUGAGAGGGCAUCGGUGCUGGAAAAAGUCAUCAGAUGGAAGAACCAGACUCUGAAGCAGCUGAAUCAAGUGCUUAACGUAAGCUUCCUGCUGACAGACGGAGCAAAGACCGAAGAGAAGCCGAUCAGGUGCUGCGCUUCAGUGGGGUGGAGCAGACUGCUUCAGAAGGACUCUCUGAAUCUGGCGUGCGUCCUGCAGAAUUUCAGUCCCUACAUCCUGGAGCGAGGCUGGACGCUGAGCCUCACCGUCCUCCCUCUGUCCUGCUCUCCCCAGGCCGCAGAAGAAGCCCGCUCUGUAAAUUACUCAUUCCCGUUCUGCAGUCUCUGUCCGGGGGAGUCGUUGGAGGUGUCCCUGCCUGUCGCGGCUGCGGGCGACGCCUCCUUCCCCGUCACCGUGGCCUGCUCGCUCGUCUUCUCCCUCUGCAGUUUCCUGGGAGGAGAGGAGGCGGCGACCCCUCCUGACCUGCCGGGCGGCUGCUUCAGUUUGCCUCUGAACACCCUGACGGUGGACUGGCUGCACGCCCUGCGGCUGAUCAGUCCCACAUCCACGCAGAAAACGCUCCCGCCGCAGUCCAGCAGCAACCCAGCAGGCGACCUCCGAGCUUUUCUAAGCUCACGGCGGGCCGGGUGCAGAGCAGGAGACGGGGCGCCCCGGCCGGAGGGGUACUCUGCUAGGGUCCGUGUGUCGUCAGAGCUACUGGGGCAUACACUGAGGGGGCAAAGAGCUGAUCCAGACCCCAAGGUGUCUGAGUCGGCCCCGCGGAGCUUCUGCGUCUCUUUGCUUGAGUGGCUGUUGUCUGAAGAAUGUGGCGGCGUGAGGAUGGGACAUAAAGGAGACAAGACUGACAUAAGCAGCUCGGUGAUCUGUGGCCGCGCACCAAAUGACGCCACGGUCAAACUGACGGCGAAAGAGGUGCAUUUAGAGGAGAAGAGUGAUGUGAAGGAGGAGUCCCUGGUCAGCGUGGAGGUUCAGGUGGAGAGCUCGUCAGCAGCAGCCGUGUGCGGCCUGCACCACGCCGUGCUGCGCCGCAUUCAGACUCUGCUGCUGAAGGCUCCUGUGAAAGCCUGGUCCUCCAACAAGGUGCAGAUUUCAGGUUUGCGACAAACACUGCAACGAGCUGAGAUUCAGCAAGGUCAAAUCUCAGAGGCCCUGAGCGUGGGCAUGUCCUCUGGGCAGAUGCAGCGGAUCCUUCUCCGUGUUUACCAGCAGCUUAGAGACGGUCCUCUCCUCAUGGUCUAACACCUACUCAGCUGCCCUCGACCUCGCUCGGCAUUCGGGAACCCGACCAUGCAGCGGCAUUCAUGGGGCCUAAUUAUCUUCAAUGUAAACACCAUGUAAAUUCCUGCUGUGAUUCAGUCUCUCCACAAACAGAGGAUUCGGGGCAUGCCUUUUAAAAUGCCCUUAUGUACGGAUUUAUAUGAAAGCUAAUGUUGGAUUAACUAUUCAUACCUUGUGAACCUUCUCCUGUUUUUGCAUUUAUAGCCACAGCCUUUAUUAUAUUUUAUUGGAUUUUAGGCACAAGACCAAAACAAUGUAAAGCAUAAUGUGUAAAUGACAAACAGGUUUCAUUUAUUUUUAUUUUUACAAAUAAAAAUCUGAAAAGUG